UAGUUCGCUUGGUUUCUAAAUAGCGCUACCAUCAUCCAAACACUUUUAUAAUAAAAAUAUAGAUCAAAUUGUGUACCAAGAGGAAUGCAAAUAAAAGACACAGACAAACUGAAAGAAUGGCUGCUGAAGAAGUUGGAGCCACUGUGUGAUGCAGACCCUGCUGCCUUGGCCAAGUACGUUGUAGCGUUGCUACGAAAAGAGAAACCAAAAGCAGCUUUGAAAGAACUCUGUAUUGACCAGCUAGAAGUUUUUCUAGCCAAAGAGACAGCAGGAUUUGUGGAGCAGCUUUUUGCUGGCCUGGACAACGAGUUGUACCUCAAGGGGACAGACUCUGUUCCACCCACCAACACCGGCAGCAAGACCCCACCUCCACCACCGGCACCAGACACUGUUAGUGUGGAGAGGAUGCAGUCAGAAGACCAUAGCAGGAGGAAUGAGGUGGAUGAUGAGGACAGGGAUUUUCGUCGGUCAAAGCGAUUGGGUGAUGGUGGAGCUCCAAAGAGAGUGGUUUCCACUGUAACAAGUAGCACUGGACUUGGAAGAAAAAGGAGAAUAGAUGCUCCUCAGGAGAUCAGUCAAAGUUCUGUGAGGCGCCGUAUUGAGCACAGUGGUGGCUCUGCUGUCAGUUCUUCCUCAGGUACUGCAAAAAGGCCAGUCAGAGAAAGGCUGGGAGUGAGGCAGGACGAUCUGAGGAGUGGUGACAGGCGAGGGAAUAGGUACCAGCAUCGUGGCCGCAGCAGCUCUUCUUCAAACUCUGACAGUCAGUCGAGCUCGGACAGUGACCGGAGGAGCAGGGGGAGGAAGAGAGUACAUUACUCUAAGAACCGCUCCUCCUCCACUGAAGACAUGAGGAAGCAGCGUUGCAAGGACUAUGAUGAAAAGGGAGUGUGUAUCCUUGGUGAAAGCUGUCCCUAUGAUCAUGGUGUUGACCAUCUCGUUAUUGGAGGGAAUGAAAUGCCCCAGUUUCCUGGUCCACCUGGGAUACUACCCCCCCACGGCAUGCCCCUACCUCCCAAUGCUACAAAAUCAGACAUGAUAAUUUCUCCUCUGCUGUCUGGACGACCACAUGGAUCAGUGCCGGUGACUGAUGGGUACAACCCUGAAGAUCCAGCUCUCAGUAGUGCCUCAAAGUCUGACUUCCUUCCUGUUCCGCUGAUGUUGCCUAUGGGUCCUCGGUUUGGCACAUUACCCCCUCCAAUUCAUGGUGUGACAAUUCCUCCACUGUCUCUGUCAUCUGUACAUCCUCGAGUGAUGCGCUUUGACCACUCAAAUAGUGCCCCACCCACUUUUACCCACCCUCGUCCAUUCAUGGGCCGACAUAAACCAUCUGAUACUCUCAUUGUAAAGAAGGUUCCUCGAGAUCUGAACACCAUCACUAAGAUCAGUGGUCACUUUGAAAAGUUUGGAUCUAUAGUCAAUAUCAAGGUUCGUCAUGAAGGUGACCCUGAAGCUGCACUAGUGCAAUUCUCCUCACCAGGCGAGGCAACUAAAGCUCACAAUAGUGCUGAAGCUGUGCUCAGCAAUCGAUUUAUCAAGGUCUUCUAUCUGAAGCAGAAUGAUCUGCCCAGACAAGAAGUCUUCUUGGAAACCCCAGUAUCGUUGGCCGUAUCUGUAUGUGGCCCCCCUACCAGUGUGUCUUCCACUGUGGUCUCAUCUAGUGAUCAGAGUACCAAGGUUACAGCAGAACCCACACCUGAUAGCAGUAGUGUGGCCAUCAAACGGAGACAAGGAAGUGAUAACCAGCCUGCAAAAAUGAUCUUGCCCCAAACUGCUAUCCUCCCGUCAGCUCUUCCUCAGGUUAGCAGAAAGCAACAAAAGAAAAACACUGAGGCAGUCAAGAAGAGCCUUGAACUGCAGAAAAAAACUCAUGAACUUCUUCAAAAACAGAUUGAGCAACAAAAGUUGCUGAUCUCUAAACUUGAAAAGAGUGGCAAGCUGCUGCCUCCUGAAGAAAAAACCAAAAUACAAUUGACACUGAAGUCUCUGUCUACUAACAUCACUAAGCUGAAAGAAGCGGCUACUACCAUCAAGAAGAGAGCUGAUACAGCCAAGGAAGACCAGACAAAAAAACAACCUUCGAUUGACGCAGCUGACCUGAGAAAGAAAGCUGAUGCUCUCAGAAAAGAGGCUCAUGAACUUGGAUUGUUGAAGAACUUUUCGCAACCCCUGACUGACAGUAGGAAGGGACCUCUAAGACCAAAGCAAGCAGCAAAACCCCGAAAGCUUCUAGUGAUUGGUACACAAGAAAGAGACAAACUUACAGUCUAUUUUGAAUCAUUUGGUAAUUUGGAACAAGUAGAAGUCGAUCCUGCAAAUAAUAACAACUUAAUCUUCACAUUCAGAAAUGCUUAUUCAGCUAACAAGGCUGUAAAAAGUGGUUCUGUGUUCAACGGUAAGCCUCUCAUAAUGAAGUGGUACGCUCCAAAGCCGGUACAUACUGAAUCCUCUCCUACUCUCCCUCGGAUGGUUGCUACUGACAAGCCAAACAAUAACGAGCAGAUUAUGCCUAUUGCUGGUGCCAUUCUGUUGAAGCCUGAUCCAGCUGCCCUCCACCUGGCAGAGGACAGUGACGAUGACAAGGAAGAAAGUCGCUCUUGGAAACGAUGAGUGUCCCUUCAUGAUUGAAUCAAGACUGUUUUCUUAGCGUUAUUUACUGCUCUGUGUUAUUUGUAAUGUAGUUAGCUCUGUUGGUGCUUGUACCCUAUACCUGCAUUUACUCACUCUUCACAAGAAAAAUCCAUAAUGUUAGGCUGUACAUCUACAUGUAAAUGUGCAGUUGUUAAAA